AUGGGGGAUUGGAAUUUAUUAGGGAGUAUUUUAGAAGAGGUCCACAUUCAUUCCACCAUUGUGGGGAAGAUCUGGCUCACCAUCCUCUUCAUUUUCCGGAUGCUUGUGCUUGGUGUUGCGGCUGAGGACGUCUGGGAUGACGAGCAGAGUGAGUUUGUUUGCAACACAGAGCAACCGGGCUGCAAGAACGUCUGCUACGACCAGGCUUUCCCCAUCUCCCUCAUCCGCUACUGGGUCCUUCAAAUCAUCUUUGUGUCCUCUCCGUCUCUGGUCUAUAUGGGUCACGCCUUAUACCGUUUGAGGACCCUUGAGAAAGAGAGGCACAGAAAAAAAGCAUGUCUGAAAGCUGAGCUGGAGGGGACAGACCCCAUCCAGGAGGACCAUAAAAGAAUUGAGCGAGAGCUCAGAAAACUAGAUGAACAGAAGAAAGUAAGGAAAGCUCCCCUCAGAGGCUCCCUGCUGCGCACAUAUGUUUUCCAUAUCUUGACUAGAUCUGUGGUGGAGGUGGGUUUUAUUAUAGGUCAGUGUGCUCUGUAUGGCAUUGGGCUUUCUCCUCUGUACAAAUGUGAGAGGUUGCCUUGCCCCAACAGUGUUGAUUGUUUUGUGUCACGACCAACGGAGAAGAACAUUUUCAUGGUCUUUAUGCUGGUUAUUGCUGGAGUUUCUUUAUUCCUCAACCUCCUGGAGAUAUUCCAUCUGGGGGUGAAGAAGAUCAAACAAAGCUUGUACGGAUACAAAUAUGGAGAUGAUGACAGUGUGUGCAGGUCAAAGAAAAACUCCAUGGUGCAGCAGGUUUGUGUGCUCACUAACUCCUCACCACAGAGGUUGAUGCAGCUCACACAGAUGACAUGCUCUGUUGUGUCUGAUACUCUCGGGGAGACUCCACCUGUGAAUUUGCCCCCAAUGCCCCCUCUGAAUCAGGAGCAGUCAAAUAGUUGCAAUCAGCAGCCUGCACAGACAUACCUGCCAACCCAAGCUGACAUCCAGGGUCUGCAGCAACUGGGUGCUGUGGAGCGGCGCUACACUCUGGAGAGCAGGAAACCUUCAUGUAGCAGUGAUGAGUCAAACGGACCUCACGGCUCAGGCCAGCCAGGAACGCGACCCACACUGAUGGCUAGCCUCAUGGAAAUCCCAGCAGCCCUGAAGAACCCACAGAGGAAGCAGAGCAGAGUGAGUGUCUGUAAGGAACUCAGUGAUGUGAGUAAUUCUCCAGAGAAUGACCACUACCCCACAGCCAGAAAGUGCAGUUUUAUGUCCAGAGGACUGUCGGAGGGAAAGCUGGCCACUCCAUCUGACAGCACCGACUCUCACAGUGGAACAGACAUCGAGGCCCAGCACCUCAACCAGGGAGAGAGUCCAGUGGUGACCCCACCGCCUCCAGCCAGUGGGAGAAGGAUGUCCAUGAGCAUGAUUCUGGAGCUGUCUUCAAUUAUGAAAAAGUAA